UGGCUGCAUAUAAAGAGCUGUCUCAGUGGGGCUCAUCAACCAGCAGCAGCAGCAGGAGCAGCCUCAGGGCAGAGGGAACCCACAACUAGUGGGCAUCAGAGAAAGGCAGAGAGAGGUCAGGACCAGACAUUCAAGCAUCCUCCACUUGGGGGCGGCAGAGGCGAUUUCAGAGAGCAGCGGGAUACCCACAUCCUCCACUUGGGGGCGACAGCAGCCAUUUCCUGGAAGGAGCGAUACCUUUGCCAACCAUUAGGGGGUGACAUAGAGAACUUGGCAUUUCCGCUGGGAUUCAAAACUGUGAGGAAACCAUGACUCUUUCUCUGGCCAGAAGUCUCCUCGUCAUUUGUGCAGGCCUGGUCCACAUCGUCUCCCCUGACCGGGAUUCACCUCUCAACACCCUCAUUGGCCAGACCUUCAACCUGGCCCGCCUCAUGAAAGCCAACAGCACCGUCCUCCUCAACACCUAUCUGAGUCACCAAGGCAGCCCGUUUAGCGACUCCAGCUUCGACGCCCGGAGGCUGCGCUACGAAGGGGUGCCAACGGCCGCCAUCCCGUUCCUGGAAUGGCGGACUCUCAGCCACGUCAAGCGUGUGGAGAAGAAUUACGAGGCCUACACAGCCUUCGCGGAGUUCCUGCAGCUGGUGCGGGACGACCAGUUUGAGCUCAACCCCACCAAAGUGGAACUUCUGGAUAUGCUGAAGGUGACUCGCUUGCGCAUCCAAGGCCUCCUCAGCAACUUGACGGCCAUCAUGUCUGCCUUGGGAGCGCCGCCCGCCGCCGUCACAGACCCCCUCAUGCUGGAGUCCGUGGAAGCUGACACUUUCGAAAAGAAAGUCCGGGGCUACGUGGUGUGCCACACGUACAAAGAGUGGAUUGACAGGACGGUGAAAGACUUCUCUCUCCUUGCGGAGAAAUUCCCAGCCUAAGGAUCGCUCAAGGAGUAACUCCCAGGUUAAAGGGUUCCUCUGUCCUCCUUGCCGCAGAUUUCUUAGGGAAGCAGGCGUAGGGAGAAGACAGACGCAACACCCACAGGCUGGUGGAGAAAGUCUGGAAGUGCCCUUGUUGCGUCCAGUCCAAACAUUAUCUAUUUAUCUCCAGAGCUGAGCUCUGGAAAAAGCAACGACUCACUCGUCAGGUUUUCAGUAGAAGCCUGUGGUGCUGAUUGGGCGCCUCCCCUGGCUGUGCAUGGUGCUCAUUGGCUGCUGCCCCCCUGUGAUGUCACUGAGGGCCUCUCCAGAUCAUGCACUAAAAAAAACCUUUCCCAUUUUAAAUAAUAAUAAUAAUAAGGUAACAAAUGAUAAAUGCAUAAGAAUGUUUAUGCAGCAUUUAAAAAGGUGUGUUUAAAAACACAGACAAGCUACCUGGAAGUGUCAGUGCGGAGGAAGGACAAGGCUGUUGGUUGAACAUGAUUGGCUGGCAGACUUGCCUGUCACUUCAGUUCUAAGGCCUUGGUCACCCCAAGUUCUUUAAGUCUGUCUUCACCCUAUGAGGUCAACUUGUGCGCUUGUGCUCAGCGAGACCUCUUGCGUUUACGCUUCCGGGUUUUGCACUUUGUCCUCCUGCUGGGGGUGGUCUAUUAUUUUCAGUGGCAAACAGGCAUACACUUAAACUGAGAUUAAUACGAUUUCAAUUCUGGCUGCAUAUCACAACUACUGUUACAGUGUGGGGUGUGGUAUGGUGUGUGAGAGAGAACUAGAUCUGUCUACUGAUCUGUCCAUCCAUCCCAGCCUUUUCCAAUUUACUGCUGUUCAGGUGUUUUGGACUGCAAUUCCCAUCAGCUCUAAGCAGCUUGACAGUCUUUGCAGGGGUUGAUGGGAGUUGUAGUCCAAAACAUUUGGAGUAGGCCACAUUGGCAAUUCUGAUCUACAUACAAGCACAUGUGUGUGCACACACACACAUGCAUAUUUAUGAAAUGAUUGUUAUUUAUGUCCCAGCGAAGUUUGCAUGGGUUAUUUAUGUACUAUUUAACGAGGGGCAAUGGGAUCUAAUUUAUUCUAUUUUUUUCUGAUGUCCAACAAUGCUCUAGAGAGAUGCAAUAAUGCUUAAGAAGAGCUGAGAGGGAGAGAGAGAAAUUCCACAGAGGUGGUGGCCAUCUAGAAAAGGAUGGAAAAUUACAAAAUAGUCUGUAAAACGAGGACACUAAUAAUGUAUGUCAAUACUCUGGUGCUUGCAACCCCAACACAUGGCUGUCUGGGACAUGUCAGUGUUUCAUAUCCAUACUUGACACUUUCCAGUGUAUGUAAUUUACAUAUUCAUCAGCACUUCCUCAAGGAGGCAGGGGCAUCACACAUAGACAUUUGUCACCUGACAGGACCGGCCCAAAACAUUUCAUUGCCUGAAGCGACAACCGUUGGAUCUUAUGUCAACAGUGUCAACAGAACAGCGUUCUCCCUUGCAUCUUAGGGCAGAAGGCUAGUUUGUGGGAUGUGAGGCAGGCUGCAGGGCACAUGCCGUUCUGUCCCCACAACACCUUGUUGCUGCUCCAUGCCCUCCAGCAUUUACUACCUGAGGCGGUUGUCUCACACUACCUGAUGGUCCCUUGAGCACUCAGUGGUUAUGGAUGAUGGGAGAUGUGGUCCAAAAUAUCUAGAGGACACCAGGCUGGGGGUGAUGGCCAAUUCCCUUGAUGAAUUUGUGAACUUUGCAGUGCCUUUCAGGCGAUGUGAGGAGAUAAUGGGAGUUCUAUCUGAGGUAGCUGUUCACACGUGCACAUUACUGCUUGGUUUGAUGUCAUCCUGGUUAACCACAUCUGAAGAGCCCAUCAGACCUGGUGGUAGUGAGGAAAAGAGUUAUGGGACUGCUGUUAUUUGCUCUGUGCCUUAGAUAUUUGUAACAGCAGUGAGGUAUGGCCAUUUCUGGGGUGGUUGGGUAUGUAGGGAGUAAACUCCUGAGGAUAUGCAGCCAUCUUGGGUAAAACCAAGUGGCUUUAAAAUAAAGUCUUUUAUAUUCUUCAUAAUUUUUCUCACCUCUCAAUGAUAUAAAUUGUUUUUUUAAAAAUGAUUUUAUUUUGUAUAUUUUUAAAUACUUAAAAAAAGAAUGUUGAAAAUAGUAUAUUUUUGGUACCUCAACGAUCAUCCAUUUUCCUUGCAGGAUUUCUUUGGAUGUAUCCUUGCCUUUUGUA